CUCCUACUCCACACAAGUUGUAUCAGACAUCCCUUCAUAUUAAUAGCCUUCACGUUAACAGGUCAGACCUCUUUCUUGGUACGCGUUCUCAAUGGCAGCCUUCCUGGAGCUUCCCCGUGAGCUGCGAGACAUGAUUUAUUAUGCCGCCCUUACCAACGAAGUCCCGCGGCCGUCCGUCUCCGAUGACCGGCUGCAGAUGUGGAACGUCCACGAAGUCACCACGCACUCUGGAGAUAGCCAGGCAGGGGAAAUUGGUAAUUCAUACACGCUCGAAGGAGUACCAGACACCUGCUCGACUUUCCUCCGAUGCAACCACCAAAUGCGCGAAGAGAUGGAACACGUGAUCACGAGAGCAAAGGCGCGGCGAGAGAUGCCACUCAAGCUGGAUUGUCUCGUCGAGGACGAGCGGAAUAUCUACGUAACGUGGGUCUCAUUCCCCUUGGUGAGAACACACGUCGAGCGCCCACGAUUCUGGAAACCGUCCACGUACACACAUCUUCAUCACCUCCAGGUCGACGUACGAUUGACGGGAAACCGGAAGCGCAAAUGGGCCUCCCCAUGGAUCGUCGGGAAGCCGCCAGGACGCAUCGCAUGGGGAAUUUGUGCAGCGUUGAAACGCAUCAUUGAGUAUGGACCGGACUUCUCCUCUGACAAAAAGUCGCCGAGGACGUUUAUGGUGGACGAGUUGGUGCUCAAUGUCGUCACGCCACUAGAGGCCCCCGAGCAUGGCUUCCUUCCAGAGGACAUGGAUGCUUCACAGAUCGAGGAUGGUCUUGUGCACCCCAAAACAGUGCUCCGCGAACUCAACGCGGUGUGGAACUACAUCUGGGCGCCUAGACACGAAGUAGCGGCAGCACACUGGCUCCUGAUCGAACGCAUCGGGAGGGUAAGAGUCUGCAUGGACGGUGAGACGUGGAGAACGAGAGAACUACAACUUGAGCUCAAGCGAGGCCAGGACGAGAGGAGGCGGAUUGCUCUGCGAGGAAGGUGAGGAUACUCUGAACGGCACAACUCGACUUCGCGAUGGGGAUGCCGUUGUCACAGCGCUGGGUGCCGGACGCCGUGUGGGCCAGGCCCCUGCAUACGGCCUAAUCCGGGGUUUGAUGACAGGUCGUGUCCAAAAGUGUCACUGCCUCCAUCGGGAUAGCGUGUGCUUACCGGCCUUCACGUUGGGUAACAGCAAUUCGUGCUCUCCGAUGGACACUGGAUACUGCAGUUGCACUAUAGUACAUGCAAGUAGGCGCAUAUAUAGACAUCCAAUGGUCACAUGCAUAAGCCCGCCC